GUUAAAUGUCAAUACUAUGAGCCCGCUUUAUUGCCUCGAGAGUUAUUGGUUCACCGAGUCUCGCAUCGCGAAUCUAGCCGCGGGAAACGUAAAGAUGACUGUCUCAAAUUAAUCAAGGAAAUCCCGAAUUGACGAAGGAAAUCUUUCCUUUCAAUGCGUCUGACUUAUACGUGCGAUCAUGAUAGUUAAUUUUCGACCGUCAAUUAUGUGUCGCAUUAUCUGCUACACAGAAAAAAAGUUGUUUGUUGCAGCUAAAAUAGUUGUAAUAUAUGGACAUCUAAAAAACAUUGCUGCAACUUUUUUCGCUGCAGCAGCAAAUUUUUUUGCUGUGAAAUCAACAUAAUAUCAAGUUACUAAAACAUAUUACUGUUGUACGAAAAGAAUUUGCUCUUGCGGCAAAAAAGUAGCAAUAUUUUGUAAGUGUUCAUAUAUUACGACUUUAUUUUUUUCCAUGUAUUAUCUCGUAACCGCUGCUUACAUAACUGUCUUAGUGUAUACCGUCAUGUGUCUUUAAUCUUAUCACACCGUUCGAUGAUAAACUCAUGUUAAUAAUUGCAGUGGUCGCCUAUACGUUCCCGCUGUUAUUCGGUUCCAUACAUUUCAUACCGAAUCUACUGGAUUUCGUCGCGCCGCUUAAUCAGUCUCGUCCGCAUCAUCUCAUAAUUAUGUGCGAGUACUUCGUCGAUAUUGAUCAAUACUUUUAUACUGUUCUGCUGUAUUCGACAGUGGCCAUUUUCGUGCUUCAAAAUAUCCUCAUGUCCACAACAUCCAUAUACGUCGCGUACAUACAGCACGCGUGCGGAAUGUUCGAAAUAGCUAGGUAAGAAACGUUCGAAAUGUCGCGACUUAAAAGCUCACGCUAAACGACUGCUUACGCGUGAGAUUUCAUAAGCAAACUGUCAAUUACGGAUUUAUAAUAUUGUUAUCGAGAAAGAGUGACCGCGAUAACAAUAUUUCAUUUCGAAAAAAUUAAUUUCGCGUCAAUAUUAAGCUCGAAAUUUUCUCUCCUCGUUUCUAAGACGGUCCUCGCUCUUUCAGCUAUCGCAUCGAACAUGCUUUCGAUGAGAACGAGCAAGACAGUUUAACUUCUGGAAGAUGUUGCGCGGCUUGCGCCAGAAUUGUCGGCGCCGUCGACAUUCACAGACGAGCGAUCAAGUCGGUAUUUUUUUAUCGUGUAAUUCAUGACUUACACAUAUCAAAUGGCCAUGAUAUCUCGCGAUAUAUUAACUUAUUUUGAAAUAUUAGAGAGAGAGAGAGAGAGAGAGAGAGAGAGAGAGAGAGGAAAAGAGAGAAAAUACAACAUAAAAUUCACAUACAUUGAAUGAUCCGUAUAAUGUAUUUUCUCGUUGUUGAAGGUUUUUCGAAUUCAUGAAGGAUACUUUUGUAAUGAUGUAUUUAUUUCUGCUUUUACUCGGCGUGGCGUCUCUAACUGUUACACUGUAUCGUGCGGUAAUCGCGGAAGGAAUUUCUGAAAAUCUCUUCCCUCUAUUAAGUGUGAGCGUCCAUCUGUUUUAUUUCUUCCUCGUGAACUAUGCCGGACAAAUGGUGUUGAAUCACAGCAAUGAUUUUCGUACAAGAAUAUAUAACUCCAAAUGGCACGAAACGUCAUUGCACGCGCAGAAAUUGAUAUUGUUCAUGAUGCAAAAAAGCUCGAAAAAUUGCAUGCUGCUUGUGGGCGGUUUGUAUAUCGCGUCGUUGGAAGGUUUCGCCACGGUAAUGAAUUACUUUCACGUAGUAAUACGACAGCGCCUUCAGCCUGUAUGCCAUCCUUUGCAGAUAGAUCUUUUUUGUUCUAGACUAUGAGCACAUCCGUGUCCUACUUCAUGGUAAUUUAUUCGACGCAAUGACGCCGCGAACGAGAAUCUCUUUCGAUCUUUAUUACACAGAAGGGCGGAAUUUCAAUUGCUAUUAAUCACCGAAUGAAAUUUUCGCUCUCUGUUAUGAGCCGCCAAGUCACGGGAUAUCGCGAAACAACAUCCUCGUCUCUAUUUCCUACAUAUCGAAUAAUAUAAACAUGUAUCAUUUAAUCCCGCGCAACACACACGAUCCUUUGAGCUUUCGUUUCCGUAAAAGUCGUUUUCUGUGCCCCAUACAUACCAAACGAACAAAGGGGACAGCUCUAAAUAAUCCCGCAAAUUUUCCAUUUGUUUCGCAAUGCAAACGAAGAUUUCCGCGCGUCUCUCGCCACUGAAAAUACGAAACCGUAAUGUACGACUAGCAAAAUGAUACUAACCGGGCUAAGCCGAAUGGAGCAUAGUCAUAAGUGCGCUUGCGUGGAACGGACGGCGAAGGAAAUAGGAAGGCAGCCGAGGGAGCAAUUUGAUAAGGGUGAAGAACGAAACAAAGUGUCGCAUAAUUUACGUAAUUGACGGCACCGGUGACUUUUCUCAUCGGCCUUUACGCUGUCGCUCUUUUUCCUCUUACCUUCUCGCCUGGCUGAGCGUUAAAUUGGGGACCGCGCGUUAUUAAGUAAUAUUCGAGUCAAUUUCUUCUUUUCUAAAAAGAAGGAAGAAUAUUCGAUGAAGAGUACAAUGUAACAACAAGAGACACCGCGGCAUCCUGAGGUCAAAUGCGCGGCGGACUUCGAGGAGAAAUGGAGUUUCCUGGAUAUCAGUACUAUAGGCUAAUUCGAAUCUUUUUGUCAUGGAUUGGUCUGUGGCCGUACCAGCAGGCAAGCUUUAGGCAUAUUCAAGCGACCGUCUGUAUAAUUCUACUUCUAUCUGCAACAAUCACUCAGGUAAAAGGUAGACGCUACUCCAGAUACCAAAGGAACGUAAAUGGGAUUCUACACGCGAGAAUGAGAAGUGUAUUUAUGAGAUUUGCGCGGUAACUUUUGUGCAGCUUUCAUACCGUCCGCGUGUACGUUUAAUUCGCUCGGAUAAUCUCGCCCUUCGUUUCUUUCGAUGUUUUCGCAACAUUUUCGCGCGCAAUACAACCGCUGCAGUCGCGGCGAAUUUCACUCGAAUACCGCGCGGACGAAAGAAGAGAACACACCUUGUGAUCCUGUCGACCUGACAACAUGAAAACCAGGCUUCUGUCUUGUCGGUUUCAGUCGCUAAAACUAUUCACAAUGGAAUACGAUCUCAAUCUCAUAUUGAUCGACCUGUCGAUGCUCAUUCCCAGUGUCAUUUAUAUCCUCAAGUACAACACUUUUUAUAUAAAGUCCCGGCAGGUAAGUCACCGCGCGGAGUAGUGGACGACCAGAGUCACUUGGCAAUAAACGCAAUGCAUGUGGGCAGAUCAGAGAGUUAAUGGAACAAGUCCAGCGCGAUUGGAACGCACUGAAGGACGAACGGGAACUCAAGAUAAUAAAGAGAUGCGCCGAAACCGGAAGAAUAUACCUGUACACGUUCGCGGGUACGAGCCGUAAAACGCGAGUCAUACUCGGCCCGCGAAACAUC